AUGCUGUGGAACUGGAGUAAAUACCAGAGCAGUGAGAAGAUGCAGUGGCGGGUCUACAAAGGAAUCCCCCCACACGUUCAAGGUCAGGUAUGGUCUCUCCCGUUGGAUGUGGAGAAGGUGAAAGCAGAGACAAAGGGAAAUACCACAUACAGCCUGUCCACCUGUUCAGGGGCAGCACUGACAGGCCAGGUCAUCAGAAGCUUGGGGGGAGGGCUGCACCUCGGGGACCCCUUGCCCAUCCCCAGUGCUUUCCUGGCACCUCCCAGGCUCACAGCUCACAGGCCCGCCUGGCAGGAAGGCCCUGCACAACCCCCCUGCUGCCCAUCCCGUCUGGCCCAGUGCAGACACUGGAUCCAGAGAUGGAUAGAUGCCACCUGGAAUCAAAAUAAGCCCUCCCGGACAGCUGAGCGGGGGGAGGGGCAGAGUCACACAGCAAGGGAUAGAAACCAGGGGGGAAAGAGCAAGGAGACACCCACAGAAACCAUGAAAGGAGAAGGCAAAGCCAAACCUGAAUCAGGACAAGAAACAGGUCUUUUCCCAUUGCCCCAGAGAGGCCCCUGCACCCGUCCUGUUCGCACCGCUCAGCCCCGCCUCUCCACCGAGGGUACCCCCAGGUCACAUAGCCCGGGGAGGCUGCUCUGUGUGCCCAGACAGUGUAGGAGCAGCAGGGGAAAUGCAGCAGGAGUGGGUGUAACGGUGGUGGUCACGCUUCUACAAGCAGCCCGAAAACACGCGUCACUCGUGACCCGCCCUGGCUUCAGAAACAAGCAAAAUGAGCUUUCUACCGAAACAGCUCACGUUCCGCGGUCGGCCCAGCGCCCGCUCUCUCGCGGUACUUGUGGCUGUCGGUACGGGUUCGGCUUGACGCUGGCCCCGCCCACAGGGAAUGAAAGGCUGUACGCCCCGGCAGCAAGCCCUGUUCCAUGUGCUGGCGGCCUACUCCAUGUAGACACUGUGAGUGUACCCAAGCUCAGGCCCUGCCCCUUCCAGGGGGUCUUCACGCUGGUCAGUACGCAGGCGCACAGGGUCACAGAGAUGAUGCAGGGGGCUCCCCAGUCUCAGACUGAGACGGAAAGGCUGGGGUGCAGACCUCUGCUUUUCAGAACAGAAACGGCCCCCUACUCCUGGGUUGCACGAGCCCCACGCUUGGCAGGGCUGCCAGGAGGUGGGCACUGCCAGAGCAUGAAACAGGUUGUGGCCGUCCUGCUGAUGUUCCUGAGCAAGGAGGACACCUUCUGGGCGCUGGUCCAGCUGAUGACUGACGAGAAGCACGCCACGCAUGGUAGGUGCCUGAUGUGGACUGCUGGGUGUGCCUCAGGGCCAGGUGUCUCCCCGCAGAGUUCCCCUGGCAGCAGGGCUGGCGGGGACCCCAGCCCAGUCCAUCUCUCCAUCAGCGAAGGGCCCUGGCUCCCCACGCUGCCCUCUGGGCCCUCAGUCCCGGCCACAUCUAGACAACUCUCCCUUCCCUGCUGGUCCUUCUGCCUCAUGCCUGCCACCCCCCAGUGCCCUCCGAACCCAUGGCCAGACAAAGCCCCACAGCACCCCCUCCUGUGCCCCCAGCCUGGAUGCCAAGCCCAGGAAACAGCCAGGCACACUCCUGUCCCCCACCCCGUGGGCCGCACACCCUGUCCCUUACUACCGGGACCCCCAUCCCACACUGUGGCUGCUCUGGGGAGGGCGAGUGCCAGGACCAAAUGCCCGCCCGGCCCUCAGCCCAGGGCACCAGCUGAGCUGGGCCUCCAGGAGUGGGGCCUGUGCCCCGGCCUCACAAGCUGUCCUGCCCGGGAAGGGCAUGACGAGGAGCAGGUGUCCACGGGGAUUUACACCACCAAGUGGUUCCUUCAGUGCUUCAUCGACCGGGAGUUCCUGCAGGACACUCUGUCCCAGGUCUGGGCCCUGGAAGAUGACACAGUGCUCAGGCAGCUGCAGGCCUCAAUGGCUGAGCUAUGCAGGAUGAAGUGUGACUUGCUCCCCCGCCAGAUGGGCUCAGCUGCGGUCUCCUCCCGAGUCACCCUCUGGGGCAGUGAGCAGUAG